AUGGCGCUUCCACGGGGCAUGCGUGCCCUGGCCGCCGUCUCCCUCGUGCUCUUCAUCUUCGUCCUAUUCCAAGUAUUCCAGGGCCCCACGUCGCUGUCAGGGCCCUCCAACAAGAUAGAUGAUUGGGUCAAGGAUCCGCAGAGUGAUCCUUCAGGAGAACCCGCCGAACCGCUGCGCCGAGUCGAGGGCAACAACUAUGCGCCCGACAACCCGAACUCCGACCGCAUCAAUGCCACCAUCAUCGCCCUCGUGCGCAACAAGGAGCUGGACCAGAUGCUCAUGUCCAUGAGGGACCUGGAGCGGACAUGGAACAACAAGUUCAACUAUCCCUGGACCUUCUUCAACGACGAGCCAUUCACCGACGAGUUCAAGAGAAAGACGCGCGCCGCCACCAAGGCCGAGGUCCGCUACGAACUUGUCCCCAAGGAGCACUGGGAGGUGCCAUCGUGGAUUAACAUGGAUCUGUUCCACGAGUCCGUCGAGCUGCUGAAGGAGCAAGACGUCCAAUACGCCGACAAGAUCUCGUACCACCAGAUGUGCCGCUGGAACAGCGGCAUGUUCUACAAGCACCCUGCUCUCCAAAAUUACCGCUGGUACUGGCGCGUCGAGCCGAACGUCCACUUUUUUUGCGACGUCGACUAUGACGUAUUCCGCUGGAUGGAGGACCACAACAAGACGUACGGCUUCACCAUCAACCUGUACGACAGUCCCCAGAGCGUGACGACUCUCUGGCCCGAGACUCUCAAGUUCCUGGCAUCCGACGACAAUUCCCGCCACCUGCACAAGAACAAUGCUAUGGAUUGGCUCACGGACAGCAAGCGUCGCGAGCAGCACAACCUCCUCGCCAAUGGUUACAGCACUUGCCACUUCUGGAGCAACUUCGAGGUCGGCGACAUGGACUUCUGGCGCAGCCGUCCGUACGAGGAGUAUUUCCAGCACUUGGACCGUUCCGGUGGCUUCUUCUACGAGCGCUGGGGCGAUGCGCCGGUGCAUUCGAUAGCUCUGGGCAUGUUCGAGGACAAGAGCAAGAUUCACUGGUUCCGCGAUAUCGGCUACCAACACAUCCCCUUCUUCAACUGUCCCACGUCUCCCAAAUGCAAGGGCUGUGUCGCCGGCAGGUUUACUGACGGCGAGGCUUGGCUCAACAAGGAAGACUGCCGACCGAACUGGUUCAAGUUCGUCGGCAUGGACUGA